AUGGCCCCAAGAAAUGAGACUUACACUCGGAUGAACCGGAACGUCCCAGGGGCCGCAGUGCCCCCGUUGCUUACCCUCUUCUUGUCAGUUUUUACGAUCUCCGAGGCUGUGUCUGUAGCUACGGCUGUGAUACCGACAUCAAGUGCGUCUACCACUGGAGCAGAAACAACUGCGGUCAAUUUACGCUGUGACCUCAGUAACUCUGGCACCAAGACCUACAUCACCAAAGCUAAUGAUACCUGUAUCACUGUCUCAAUCGCGGCCAAUGUGUCAACUUCGAUGCUGGCAGAUAUAAAUGCACUGGGAACUGGUUGUCACUAUUUGAGAUCAAAUCAGGAGCUCUGUCUUCCAGGCGUUUGCGAUAUCUACCUAGUCCAGUCAAACGACACGUGUGACACUAUCCUGUCCAGUCUUUCCAGGCAGGUCUCGCUACCUGUGUUCCAGGCAUGGAAUCCAAGUAUCAAUUCACAGUGUUCAAAUUUGGCUUCGCUAUCAGGCGAGUAUAUAUGCCUGAGUCCCCCAGGAAGUGUGCUUGUGCCAACCAGCUUCCCCCUUAAGGCCGCCAGUUCUGCUGUUGCUGUCCCCACAGAUGCGGUCACGACAUCUAACACUGACUGUGGCUACUGGUAUACCAUUCAAAAUGGUGAUACUUGUGAUACUGUAACAACCACAUUUGGCAUUAGUUCUCAAGACUUCUACUUUCUAAACCCCCAACUAGGAGGCGAUUGCUCAGAUCUGUGGGAAGGGAACAGUUAUUGUGUGGAGGCUAUUGGCAAUAUUCAGGCAUAUACUGGAUAUCCUUCAACGACCCGCUCAGCAUAUACUACUCUGGCGUCAACCAUUAAUUUAAAUGCUACCGCUACAAGCAAGGGAAACAUGACCUGGCUCCUUCCAACGACUGCCACUUACCCUACCACAACGGCGAUCUACAAUUCUACUGCAGUCAAGCUCACAAGCAACUACACUCUCUGCACCCAGGCCAUGGCUUACUACAAUGUCUCUCUCGAAGAGCGAUUGACCUCAGAAAUGCUCGACGAUACAGCUUGGCUGGCAGAGUAUGACAGGGUGUGUCUCCUUGAUCUCUCACAGCCGUUACCCACACAGCCAUUCAACACUAGCAUUCCCCUCGGAUCACCAAUCGCGAGUCAGACCAGUCUAUCAACUGCGUUGGUUAGAACCUCGAUAGCCCCAACGGGGCAAACAUCUUCAGAGAUGACAAUCACUACGUCGAAGACUACUACAGAAGCCAGAACAUCAUCUUCCACGCUUGUAUCGACUUCGACGAGUUCAUCAUUAUCCACCAAACCUAGCACUACCAGCGUUAGCAUUUCCCCUGACGGCACCUGUGUGGUUCGACAAGUGAUUACUGCGGAAGUAUUUGUGAUCCAACCUUUGGAAAUUGCGGAUCGCAGUUUGGAAGCUGCUGCAGUAUUUACGAUUACUGUGGCUCAAGCACGGACUAUUGUACCGCAAGCACGUGUGAUGGUUCAUAUGGGGAAUGUGACUCAUAAGCACAUCAAAUUUCUUCCAGAUAGCAUUUAA